AUGGCGGGCCCGCAGGAGUCUUCGACCUCCUCAGGGUCCAGGAAGUCGGGCGGUCGAGCUGUAGGACAGUUCAACAUCGGCUCCGAGAUUGGCAAAGGCAGCUUUGCUCAGGUGUAUCUGGGCUGGCAUAAGGAGACCAAGGCUGCUGUCGCUAUCAAAUCCGUCGAGCUUGAACGCCUAAAUAAGAAGCUUAGGGAGAACCUCUACAGCGAGAUCCAAAUCCUCAAGACAUUACGCCACCCACAUAUCGUUGCCCUCCAUGACUGUCUCGAAUCAACCAGCCACAUCAACCUCAUAAUGGAAUACUGCGAGCUUGGUGACCUCUCCCUGUUUAUCAAGAAAAGAGAGAAACUCUCCACGCAUCCUGCCACGCAUGAUAUGGCACGCAAGUAUCCAAGUGCGCCGAACUCUGGCUUGCAUGAGGUAGUCAUUCGACAUUUCUUAAAACAGCUGACUAGCGCCCUCGAGUUCCUCCGCCUCAAGAACUAUGUACACCGAGAUGUCAAACCUCAAAAUCUUCUGCUCCUGCCUUCACGAUCUUUUAGAGAACAAAGGAGUCGCCCAGUCAUGCAAGCCAGCCAAGACUCGUUGAUCCCUAUCUCCGGGUUGGCAUCUUUACCUAUGCUCAAACUUGCCGACUUCGGCUUCGCCCGUGUGCUGCCCUCCACUUCCCUGGCCGACACUCUCUGUGGAUCCCCCCUGUACAUGGCCCCAGAAAUUCUCCGAUACGAACGAUAUGAUGCGAAAGCCGAUCUUUGGUCUGUGGGAACUGUACUCUACGAAAUGAGCACAGGUCGCCCUCCGUUCCGGGCUAGAAACCACGUGGAACUAUUGAGAAAGAUUGAGGCCGCUGAAGAUGUUAUCAAGUUCCCCAGGGAGGUAACUAUUAGUUCCGACCUUAAGGCUCUUAUUCGAAGUCUACUCAAGAGAAGCCCAGUCGAGCGACUUAGCUUUGAGAACUUCUUCACGCAUCAGGUAGUUACCAGUGAAAUUCCUGGCUUAGUGGAGGACGAUAUUCCACGACCCGUCAGGCAGGAGCCCCGAGAUCCGAGAUCAGCCUUUCAAGGGGGUUCGCCUUCGUUAUCAUUCCGUAGCCCCCGUCAAACCGAAUCCGGAUCGCCACGAGAUGGCAUUGUUUCGAGGUCACCUCGAGAACAGCAUCCAAGGUCACCGCAGACGGGAAGCCCUGCCGAUGGCCGAUAUCAUCGCCAAUCAAGUGAAAGCCAUCGAACAACUGGCAACUCACCCCGCGAGGUUGGUGAAGGCUUAGGCAUUCGUCGUCCGAUACCUCACCAUGCGGCGACUGCUCCUAUUCAGCAGCGUAUCCAGGAUAAGGGAAUCGGUCGUGAUAGAGUCUCGCCCCCUACCUCUCUUCUUAACCAGGCACGCAGGGGUAGAACUCUGAGUAACCCACCAAUUACGGAGGAGGAGAAGGCGGCUCAAGAUGUUGCACUCGAGCGAGAAUAUGUGGUUGUUGAGAGACGCCACGUUGAAGUCAAUGCUCUUGCAGAUGAGCUGGCAGCCAACGAGAAACUUGGCGACGCUUCUUCACACAGAUCCGGCCCCAUGACUCGACGAUAUACGCAACAGGGAGCACCCACAUCCACGACAGGAGCAAUCUCUACUCCAUCAGCUCGCAAUGCUCUAGUGACUCAGGGACGACAUGACCGGAGAUCAUCGUAUGAAAAGGCUCUUUCUGCCAGUCCAGGAUCGGCCUCGAGCGCUAUCUCCAAAGCUAUUCAAGACGCUAGCCUGCGUCUGUUUGGAUUCAAGGUUCCUCCUUUGCGAGGCACGCCUAAGGGGCCAUCUCCGCCUCUCUACCAGGCGUUCCCGACGUAUCCAACUCCCCAGGCGCCCGUUGGGCUACUAGGCGAUGGUAGAGGCGCUCAGAGUACCGACGAGGAUGCUAAAGCUGCACAAACUAUAGAGGAGUUUGCAACUCGAAGCGACUGUGUCUAUGGUUUCGCCGAAGUCAAGUAUAAGCAGCUUGUGCCAUUAGCACCAUCAGCUGACCACAUCCUGGGUGGCCUUGAGCCUGAAGAACUGACCACUGAAGAUGAUGGCUUGACGUCUGAAGCAAUUGUUGCCCUGUCAGAGGAAGCUCUUGUUUUGUAUGUCAAGUCUCUUACUCUUCUCGCUAGAGCUAUGGACAUCGCCAGUCUAUGGUGGUCCAAAAAGAGCCGAGGAGAAAUGGGUACUGGUCUAUCAGCCGCGACUGCUCAAACGGUUGUCCAGCGCAUCAACGCUGUAGUCCAGUGGGUUCGACAGCGCUUCAACGAGGUGUUAGAAAAGUCGGAAAUCGUCCGUUUGAAACUCACGGAGGCGCAGAAGCAACUGCCUGAAGAUCAUCCAAGUCAUCCAUCCAAUCAUGGCACCGAGUCAAUAGCUUCCUCUGCAGGUGGCGCUACGAAAGAGGUCUACCUAACUCCUGGUAUAAGUGCCGAGAAGCUUAUGUACGAUCGAGCACUCGAAAUGAGUCGUGCGGCAGCAAUCGACGAAGUAACCAACGAGAAUCUUUCGGGGUGCGAAAUAUCCUACAUUACAGCCAUUCGCAUGCUGGAGGCUGUAUUGGAUAACGACGAGGAAUCAGGCUCGGAUACAAGAAGGCUGUCUGCCGGUAAAGAGAGUGAGCAAGAUGCUGUCAAGGACACGGGCGGUGGUGAGCUUGACAGUGACGAAGAGGCACACGUUCGGAAAAUGAUCAAAAUGAUCACGGGACGACUUGCUGCAGUACGCAAGAAGCAACAGAUGAUUGCCGAUGCCAACAGCAAGGUCACCAACGCUUUUCAGCAAGCAGCGCGUCGUCGAAGCGGUGAUAUUACACCACGCAGUGUACCUUCUCACGCAUCCUCCUAA